GCCCAACUCAAAGUUAUACUUGUUGCAACUUGUGUUCUAGUGCUCCUAGUGGUCACUCUUGUACAAGGUAGAACCACUGGUUUCUUUCAAUUUCCCAAAACUCAGGGUGCCCAAUUAGUCCAAAAUUCGUGUCUUCAUUUCUUUCAUCUAGUUGUUGACAGUCACGAGCGAAUUGGAAUCUCAAGUUUUCAAAGUUUUAGCAUCUUAACCUUUUUAAUUCUUCUUUUUAACUCCAAUACUAGAAAAUACUCAGAAUGAGGCAUUCUCAUAUUUUGACACUAGCAUUGUCCUUAUAUUUUCUUGCUUUAUUUCUUCCCACCCAAGCUAGGCACCAUUACCACAAAAAACACAAGCACUCAUAUUAUCAUAAUGCACCUGAAAUUUCACCAUCUCCUGCUCCUGCACCUUCUAAUGCUCCUGAUGAUGCUUCUAGUCCUAGCCCCUCUGGUAACGAGAACUACCACAAUGCAUCCAGUAACUUAUUCGAUGUACGAACAUUUGGGGCCAUUGGAGAUGGAAUAACUGAUGAUACAGAGUCAUUCAAGAUGGCAUGGGACACUGCUUGCGAAAGUGAAUCACCGGUCAAAGUUAUCCUUGUUCCCCAAGGUUUCUCCUUCGUUAUUCAAUCUACUAUUUUCACAGGUCCUUGUAAAGGUGGCUUAGUACUAAAGGUUGAUGGCACUCUUAUGCCACCUGAUGGACCUGAAUCUUGGCCAAAGAACAACAGCAAGCGUCAAUGGCUUGUCUUUUAUAGAAUCAAUGGGAUGUCACUUGAAGGAAGUGGUUUAAUAGAUGGGAGAGGAGCAAAAUGGUGGGACCUUCCUUGUAAGCCUCAUAAGGGACCUAAUGGAACAACAUCUCCAGGACCUUGUGACAGCCCAGUUGCCAUAAGGUUUUUCAUGAGUUCCAACUUGACUGUACAAGGAUUGAGGAUCAAGAACAGCCCCCAAUUCCAUUUCAGAUUUGAUGGCUGCGAAAGUGUCCACGUGGAAUCAAUUUACAUAACCGCUCCAGCGCUAAGCCCCAACACUGAUGGAAUACACAUAGAAAAUACCAAUGACGUGAGAAUAUACAAUUCAGUCAUUUCUAAUGGUGAUGACUGCGUGUCCAUUGGAGCUGGUUGCCAUGAUGUUGAUAUAAAGAACAUCACCUGUGGACCUGGUCAUGGAAUUAGCAUUGGUAGUCUGGGAAAUCACAACUCUAGAGCCUGUGUUUCAAACAUUACGGUGAGGGACUCGGUUAUAAAAGUGGCAGAUAAUGGGGUUAGAAUCAAGACAUGGCAAGGUGGAUCAGGAUCAGUAUCUGGUGUGACAUUCAGUAACAUUCACAUGGAAAGUGUAAGGAACCCUAUUAUAAUUGACCAGUUUUACUGCCUUAGUAAGGAUUGCUCCAACAAGACCUCUGCAGUCUUUGUAACGGAUAUAGUUUACACAAACAUAAAGGGUACAUAUGACAUAAGGCAUCCACCAAUGCGUUUUGCUUGCAGUGACUCUGUACCAUGCACCAACUUGACCCUCUCAGAUAUUGAGCUUCUUCCUGCUCAAGGAAACAUAGUGCUCGAUCCUUUCUGCUGGAGUGCCUAUGGAAACUCUGAGACACUAACAAUUCCCCCAGUCUUUUGCAUGCUGGAAGGCCUUCCUCAGUCCAUUUCAGGCAAUGACAUAGAUCAUUGCUGACCCACUAAAUUAAAUUCUCCAUUUAAAGCAAAAUUGUGUGUUUAUGUAUAUGUAUAAUUACAAGUGAAGUAAUUAAUUAAGGAAUAUAGUGUAUAUGACCGUGAGUCUUAUGUUGUGAUUGCUGAGGAGUUGUGUUUUAGAUGCUCCUCCCCAAUUGUUAACUACAUAUCUCCCAUAGUUUAUGUCAGGUUUGAAAUAUAGUGGAAGUUUGGCUUGAAUUUGUGACCACUUCAUAUAUCUAAUUAGAUCCAGUACUGUUGUUAUCA